AGAAAAUAGUUACCAUUCAUUUGAUCAUUUCCAAUUGAAUGGAAUAGCCCGGAGCUGUUCUCUGGAUAAAAGGGUCUGGUUCUCAGUUCAAAACUGUUAAGUCCCCUUCUCUGUUCCCGCCGGCGGGUGAGCACGGAGACGCCCAAUUGAUGGCGGUCUCAGCUUCUUUCUCGUUUAUAUCACCCGCUGCUUCAGCCAGAACUGCCGCCGAUCCCACUUCCACCUCCUGCCCUUUGAAAUUGAAACCCAGCCCUAGCUGUAAACCCACUCUUAUCUUCUCCAGACCACUAAAUUCCCGUUCCUUCCGCAGCUCCCGAGCUUCAACCAUCUCGGCCUUUUACUCCUCCGCUAGCUCUCCGUCCUCGCCCUACGAAGAUGGGUCCCCGGAGAUGUUCCUGCAGAGCAAUUCGAUUGCAGAUUUCAUGAGGUUUAAGAGAGGGUACGAUAGAGGCAGCGGCGAGUUGCAGACGGCGGUUGUCCGGUACCGGAAGCGGUUCCCUUGGUCUAUUCUCAGGCCUUUUCUUCAGGUUGAUUUGGUUUCCACCGUUCACAUUGCUGACAAAGAGUACUUCUCGGCCCUUCAGAAGGAGCUCGGGUCUUAUGACUGUGUCCUGUAUGAAAUGGUGGCCAGUAAAGAAAGUUUAGAGAACAGAAGAAACCCUUCUGCUAUAAGGAGGCUGAAAGGUCCUCGGUCAAGAGGGUUUAACAUCUUAGGGUUCAUUCAGCGUCAAAUGGCUCGAAUUCUCACCCUUGAUUUCCAGCUGGACUGUCUUGAUUAUGAAGCAGAGAAUUGGUAUCAUGCUGAUCUCGAUUUCGAGACAUUCAAACUACUUCAGGUUGGUUCAUCUUAUCUGUUCAUGCUUGUUGAUUUUCAUAUGCUAAAUGAGUGUAUUCACUUUGGGUUGUUUACUGCAGCUUGAAAAGGGCGAAAGCUUGUUCACAUUUGCGAGAGACAUGACCCUUAAGUCGACGAAAGCCAUGCUUCAGCCCACCAUACCAGAUAACCUCGGCCCUUUGCGAUCCAAGCUUCUCUGGGCAUCUCGGGUUCUUCCUAUGCCCCUUGUUGGCCUUUGCCUUAUCGGAACUCUCUGCAAUGUGGGAAGCCCAGCUUCAGACUACGCUGAAGUAGAAGCCCUUUCCCGGCUCGAUUUUGGUGCUGCCAUGAAGGUCUUUCUUGCCAAGCGACUCACAACCGAGUUCACUCAGGUUACUACUGACGUGGAAGAGAAGUCGGUGAUCAUUGGAGAAAGGAAUAGGGUAGCCAUGGAAGCACUGAAGAAAGCAAUGGAUGGAGGCCAAAACAAGAUCGCCAUACUCUAUGGCGGAGGUCACAUGCCGGAUUUGGGAAGGCGGAUGAGGGAAGAAUUCGAUUUGGUUCCCUCCAAAGUCCAGUGGAUAACUGCAUGGUCGAUAGAGAAUCGCGAUGUAAAGACCAAUUCCCUUCCGUUCCUGGAAACGAUGGCUGAAGUUUCAGGGUGGCCAUUGAACCGGUACCAAACUCUGGCAUUGCUCAUUUUCUCGUCAGUCCUAGCCGUAGAUCUCUGGUUCUGGGAGAUCUUCUUUGGCACUUCAGUGGAUUUCGUGUCACAAAUUGCCGAGUCAGUCAAUGAAUAUGUUGGCCAAUACCUGGUUUGAGAGAAAUCCACACCUGAUUUUCUUCCUUAAAAAGUGAUUGUUGAUAUCAAUUCAUCCAAGUAGAUACACAAGUUACAGUGUGUAUAUAUCUCAAAUCCUGUUCAAUGUUGAUACACUGUGAAAUAUUUUUGUUCGAACAUUUGAACUGCACUAUUGAUUGAUAUACAGAGUUACAGCAGCUGGAAAAUAUGAAAUGUAUACAGAACCAGAUUCGCAGGUUUCCAGGAGUACUGACUUAGGACAGCCGAUGAUGCUGCGGCUAUGUUCUUCUUUCUUGCUGGUUCUACCAUCAUCCCUGAAACAGACUAUGAAGGUAAAUGAAUUUCCUUUUCUGAAGCUGGACUUUAACCUGACGGCUACAGAGCAGAGGUCUUCCGACCACCUUUUGAUCGAAGCAAAAUGCAGAAAAACAGAGGGUCACUAAAGACGGAGAUAUAAUAAUGAUGUUUUCUUUGCGAAGCUACGCUCUUUCGACGGCUGACUGGGAAGAGAGAUCCUUUCCAGGUUUUCGGCCAAUUGUGUGUUCAAAUAUUUGAACUGCUAAUUAGAAAGCCCUUUAUUAACUGUAUCUCCAGAGUUACAAGCUGGAAGAUAUGAAAACAUGGGAAAACAGAGCUGCAAAUUAGUUCAAAGUACUUGAUUCCAUUCAAAACCCGAGUAAAAAAGGUCUUAUUUGGUUCUUCUUAUUAAUUUGUGUUUAGGAUUAUUAUUAUUGUGUCUUGUUUAGGAAGUAAUCAUUUGCUUAUUGGUUUAGGAUUUAUUUACCUUGUCUCAAGGGGAAAGAGUUUGUAGGAUUAGUCCUAUAAAUAUGUACCUUUCCUCUUCUAUUUUCAUUCAAGUAAUAAAGUUCACUAUCUAUUUUAAAAUUAGCUCUCCUUUAUCAUCCGAUCAGGCGUCAAUUUUCUUUGAGAAUAGUGGAAUCAGUCAGUCCUUAUUCUAAUACGAGUAAAGGGUUUACUAACAGUUUAUAUUGAGAAUUCUUACCUUCCAACAAAUCUCUCUGCCCCAAUCCCCUUACCGGCUCCCGAAAAGCUUCAACGAUGGCGGCUUCUUCCCCUGCCAACUCCAACUCCAACUCCAACUCCAACGACUAUGGGCCAAUGGAUUCGCUUGCAGAUUUCUUAAGGUUCAAGAAAGGUCCUGUUAGAGGCACCGGCGAGUUGCAGACGGCCAUUGUCAGUUACCGGAAGCAGUCCCCUGACUCUACCAUCAGCUCUUCUCUUCAGGUUGAUUUGGUUUCCGCCAUCCACAUUGCUGACAAAGAGUAUUACUCGACCCUCCAGAAGGAGCUUGAGUCUUAUGACUGUGUCCUCUAUGAAAUGGUGACAAAAGGGAAGAAAGAAAACCCAGAAACUGCCACAAGGCUGCGGCUGAUUUUGAGAACAAUGCACAGCUGGUUCGACCGUAUACUUAUAGAUUUCGGUCGCCGCCUAAUGGCUCCAGUUCUCUCCCUUGAUGACCAAGUAAAGUGUCUCAAUUACGAGGCGGAGAACUGGUAUCAUGCUGAUCUCGAUAACGAGACAUUCACACGGCUUCAGUCGAAAGGUAAGCUGCUGAUCUGGACGGCGUUUCUUCUGCUUCCGACAUCUGUCGCGAUUGCUGCAAUUCGUCUCUGCACUGGGAGGAGUCCAGCUCCGUACUUCUCUGAACUAGCAGGUGCACUCUCUCGGCUCGAUUCCGAUGCUGCCAUGAAGGUCUCUUUUGCCAACCUACUCACAUCUGAGUUCGUUCAGAAGACGGCUGAUGAGGAAGAGACGUCGGUGGUGAUCGGAGAAAGGAACAGAGUAGCCAUUGAAGCACUGAAGAGAGCAAUGGAUGAAAAGGGUCAUCACAACAGCAAGAUCGCCAUUUUCUAUGGAGCCGCUCACAUGCGGGAUCUGGGAAGGCGGCUGAAGGAGGAAUUCGAUUUGGUGCCUUCGGGACAACACCGGUGGAUGACCGCCUGGUCAGUAGAGAAAGCUUCAGGGUGGACAUUGCACCGUUGCCUGAAUCUGGCAUUGCUCUGCACCUGGUUCUCACCGAUCCUUUCUAAGGAUCUCCUGUUCUGGAAGAGAGUAUUCGGUCGAUUUCGUAUCCAGAACUCCAGAAUUGCAGAUUAUGUUAGUCGAUGCCUUGUGUGAGAAUAAUCCAGCACCUCGCCUUCUUCAUUUACUUCCUCUCGUCGAUUCUUGUUUAUGAUCGAUCACAAUUCACAACUGUAAUGCACUUAUUUCAGGAUCCCUGUUGAUAAAAAUUUUGAAAGGCGUUUUAUGAUUGAUAUGUAGCAUUACAUGCUGGAAGAUAUGAACACUUGGGAAAACAGAGCAGAGAACUAGAGAAACUAUAUUAAGUC